UAAGCGCUCUCUCUCUCUAUGACACUGCCCCAUACAGUCAUACACACUUCCCUUUUCUUCUCUCAAAGUUGCAGAGCUAGCUCAGCCAUUGUUGUCUUCAUUGAAGCUUUUUCUUUGUUUCCUCUUUGUUUGGUCUUCAACUAUGACUGCUUUAGUGGUUCUUCCACUGCUCCUUCUGGCCGCCAUGACUGGCACUCAAGUGGGACAUGGUGUAUAUGCAAAGAUGGGGUGAGCGAUACAGUGUUGCAGAAGACAUUGGACUAUGCAUGUGGAGAAGGGGCAGACUGUAACCCCAUACACAUGAAGGGUCCUUGUUUCAACCCCGACACCGUUAGGGCACACUGUAAUUAUUCUGUCAACAGUUUCUUCCAGAGGAAAGGCCAAGCUCAAGGCACCUGUGACUUUGCUUCCACUGCCACUCUCACUACUUCCGACCCUAGCUAUGCUGGUUGUCCUUUCGCGGCUACUGCAAGUGCCGCAAGCACUACCACAACACCAAAAACUACGCCGUCAACCACCACACCAAACGUCAACCCAAUCAAUAACAAUCCGACACCGUACGGUUCAACAACACCUACCGGAAUGCUGGGAGGAGUGGGCAACGGGUUGAGUCCGUCCGGAAGUGGGAUCAACCCAGAUUACAGUACAGAUGAUGGAGGAUUUAGGCUCCAAUAUUGCUUCUCUUCCAAUGGAACCCUCUUGUUAUCAGGAUUCAUGCUAUUGUGGGCUUAAAAACAAUGCCUUUGGCUGGUAAAACUC